GCCCGAGCCCAGCGUGGUGCCAUGUGGGGCGCACACCGCGCGCCCCCCGCCUCUGCCCGCGCCGCCGCUUUGCUCCUGCCGCUGCUGCUAGCUGCCGUGCUGGCGGCGGGGGCACGGGCCAGCGGCGAGUACUGCCACGGCUGGCUUGACGCGCAGGGCGUCUGGCGCAUCGGCUUCCAGUGCCCGGAGCGCUUCGACGGCGGCGACGCCACCAUCUGCUGCGGCAGCUGCGCGUUGCGCUACUGCUGCUCCAGCGCCGAGGCGCGCCUGGACCAAGGCGGCUGCGACAACGACCACCAGCAGGGCGCGAGCGAGCCUGGCCGGGCGGACAAAGACGGCCCUGAUGGCUCGGCAGUCCCCAUCUACGUGCCAUUCCUCAUCGUUGGCUCCGUGUUUGUUGCCUUUAUCAUCUUGGGAUCCCUCGUGGCGGCCUGUUGUUGCAGAUGCCUCCGGCCGAAGCAGGAGCCCCAGCAGAGCCGAGCCCCGGGAGGGAACCGCUUGAUGGAGACCAUCCCCAUGAUCCCCAGUGCCAGCACCUCCAGGGGCUCAUCUUCCCGCCAGUCCAGCACGGCUGCCAGUUCCAGCUCCAGUGCCAACUCGGGAGCCCGGGCACCCCCAACAAGAUCACAGACCAACUGUUGUUUGCCCGAGGGAACCAUGAACAACGUGUAUGUCAACAUGCCCACAAAUUUCUCCGUGCUGAACUGUCAGCAGGCCACCCAGAUUGUGCCUCAUCAAGGGCAGUACCUGCAUCCACCUUACGUAGGAUACACAGUACAGCACGACUCUGUGCCCAUGACACCAGUGCCCCCUUUCAUGGACGGCCUGCAGCCUGGCUACAGACAGAUCCAGGGCUCCUUCCCACACACCAACAGUGAUCAGAAGAUGUAUCCUGCAGUGACGGUAUAGCUCACAGGCCACCUGCUGCUUCCUUCACGAGACUGGAGAGAACUGGGCUGGAUUUCUGAGGUGGAAUUUCCCACCUGUUGGUGGUAUUCAUGGCACGAUUCUUUUGUAUAACUUCAUUUGCCCCUAAACUGUGUGAAAACAUCUCUGAAUUAGCAUUUCUGGGUAUGUUUCAUUCAGUGUAUCACUGAUUCAUGAUGCAAAACAAUAUCCACAGGAGUUGCUGCCUGUAUUGUUAUUGAGUAGGUGGCAGCUGCUUGAGCCCUUAAGCGCCCUUGCGUUGUGGUUGUCAGAAUUUUUUAAACUGAUAGAUUAAGGGAUUUUAUUAUAUCAUUAUUAUUUUUUUGUUUUUAAUUAUACAAGAGUGGAAAUACCUGUUAACUCCCUUUUUCCUGGGCCACUUUUUCUUUUUUAAAAUUAGCACAAUAAGGUUGAAGGGAAGAUGUAAAUAAUACAAUUAUAAAAAGAAACCUGUUCGAACUCUGUGAGAUUAGGCAUGAAUCUCAGUAUUCCACAGGCACAUCUUAGUUUUGCUGUAAAAAGAUAUAUAUAUAGUCUAUUUUUGUGCUUUUGGGGGGCCUAUUUUGUGCUUUUUUUUAACCUUGUGUAGAGAUCUUAUUACAAAAUGAUUUUCUACAUUAAAAGAGACUGAAAGAAAUUAUACAGUUAGUGAAGGUGGACAUUUCAGGACUCUGGCAUUAUUUUAAUCUUGAAGUAGUGGGUGGUAUAGUAAUCAAACUUGAUGGUAUUGUAAUAUUCUGGCUUUACAGUGACAUCUGAGAAGUAAUCAGAUUUUUUACAAUGAAAUCAUAAACUAUCACCUGCUACUUCUCUGAGUUACCAAUAAUUUUGCCAUGUGAUAUGACUUGGCAUUUUGUUCUGUUUGGUUUUCAGAUCCCUUGUCCAUUAUAGUGCCAAGGGCAGUUAAUUACUGUAGUUAUAAAUGAAGAAAAGUAUUUCUACCUAGAUCUGAUAAGACACUUGUUUUAAGUAUAAAAGUUCAAAGAAAUGUGUUAUAAAGAUACUUAGUAUAGCUCCUCAGCCGUAAACUGAGACACGGGGUGAAAUUUAAACCUCAGGCAUGAAUUACUUUGUAAAUUAUGUUUUUUUAAUACUCUCAUUAUCAAAAUGACUCAUUUUUCAGGCAGUAGUGACUAUUAAGUCAAGAGAAAAGUAUUUCAAAGGGAUAUUGGCUUUCCUUUCCAAUAGCUCAUUUUUUUUCUUUCUGACCUCAACAAGCUCUGUAUUCAUUACCAAUGCUCUGGAUUACCAAAUUCAAGUGAAUUUAUUUGUGCAUUACAGAAAAUGUUUAAGUGUGUGCAAGUAAAUUUCUAAUUGCUAGCAAAAGCAAGAUUUAUAAUUAAAACAAAUUGUUGUAAGAUAUGGUCUUUCACACAUUUAUAUCUAUGUCUGUCACCUGUUCUUCUAUCAUCUAUCAUCUGUCUCAUGACUGAAUAAUAUUAAACCAUUGUUGGAAAAUGGUAUCAAUGAAGAUAAUCAAAAAUUUUUAAUAACCAAAGGUAGGAGAAAAUCAUUUUACUUUUUAAUAAAUAUUUUACGGUAUGAAUUCCUAGGGGAGUGGGUUUUUAAAAAAUUCUGAUGUAUUUGUUAAUUUUUUCAGAUGGUCAAGUAGAUCUAUUGAUAGAACACAAUUAUUAAAAAUCAUAAAUACUGCACUCUAGGGCCAAGAGCACUGCAGAAAGCGGUCUAGGAAGUUUAAAUAUGUGUUCUCUGAGCCAAUGAGUAUUAUUUUUUAUUCUGUGGAAAAUGUGGACAACACAAAAGAGACAGUUCUUUUGCUAUCAUGAUAUCAUCAAGCUAAUGUAUUCUCUAUACGGUUUCAAUGGAGGAGUCCUACUUACCCAAGGAAGUCAAAUUCCUAGCACCUUUGAAUUGAAAGGGACCUUAGAAAUCAUGUAUCCCAGGGCUUGGCAGUCUUUUUCAGUAAAGCCUCAGAGAGUAAAUGUUGGGCUUUUAGCAACUAUUCAGCUACACAGGUAGCACAGAAGCAGCUCGAUGAUCCAUAAACAAUGGGGGAUGCCUACGUUCCAAUAACACUGAAAUUUGAAUUUCACAAAAUUUUCCUAUGUCACAAAGUAUUAUUUUUUAAACUUUGGGCCAGGGAUUUAGCUCAGUGGUGCCGUCACCUACCUCACAAGUGCAAGGUCCUGAGUUUGAUCCCCAGUACCAACCCCCCCUUCCCAAACCCCCCAAACUUUCCCCCAACCAUUUCAAAAGGUAAAACCCACCGGAAGCUCUAGGUCUGUACAGAACCAAGCAGUGAGGUGGACUUGGCCUGUGGGCUCUCAGUGGCCAGGCCCUCAUCUGUGCCAGCUCCUUCCCAUGCAGGUGUCACUUCUGUGCUGUUCUUGGCAGCCUUUGCAAAACAGGGAGUGCUUGCUUCUCUUGCUUGAAAAUAUCUACUUUUUCCUCCUUUUGCUACAUGGUAAUUAAAAGUGCCACAAUUAAAGUAAAAGUGCAUUUUAAUAAAAUGAAAUUUACCACGUUGAA